AUGUCUAAAACGGCUGCCAGCAAAUCAACAACAAGCGCCCAAAGCGAAGCGGCUGCAGCUGCAUUCGUUACCGCUGGCACCACAACUACAACCACGCCCACAGCCACGCCCAUGCCCGCCACCACAGCAACCACAACAGCAGCAGCGGCAACAACAACAGCCGCAACAACAACUGGCGAUGCUGCAACAAUGAAUGCACCCAAAGCAACAUCUUCAACUGCCGGUGCGGCUGCCAAAUUUCGUGCUGCAGUUGCCUCAGCGCCCACGACGACGCCCCCAACCAGCAGUAGUAAGAAACCGCGAGCUUACGCCGGCCUUAAGCGUCAGGUUGUGGCAACUGCAACAGCAGCAGCCGCUGCAGCGGCAGCAACACCAACAGCAGCAGCAUCAACAACAGCAACUGCAUCGAAAACAGUUGUAGGCAAAGAUGCUGCGCAUUUGAAAUUCGCAGCAACAUCAUUGCUAAUGGGCGCCGCUGCCGCUGCUGUCGAUGGCAACGCGGGUAACGCUGGUCAUCAUGGAGCAGCAUCAGCGGGCAACACGGCUGUCGCGGUGUUGAAGCAAAAGCUGAAAGAUGUGGGCGCCAUUUCGCAUGCUGCGGCAACAGCAGCAGCUGCCGCAAAUCGUUCUGCGCUUUCAUCGUCGGCUUCAUCGAACUCAUCGCCGUUGUCAUCGAAUCCUGGCUUGGUGGGUGCAAUAUCAUCGGCGUUGCAGAACAUGAUUACCACAGAUACAGAUACUGAUACCGAAUACUAUCCGCAGCCUGUCACCACAGAUCUUUCCGAAUCUGAGGAGGAAUCCGUCUCAGAGAUCCUAUUGGCAUUCUUGUGUUUAAGGCCAGAUCUCUUGGACGAUAUACAAGAGUCUGAUCCCGAUAGUUGUCCUCAUGAGGAGGGAGAAGUUCGUGAAGAUGAAGACGAAACGGAAGAAGACUCCGAGGACUCGGAUGAAUCUGAAGGCGAUGACGAGGAAGAAGAUGAAGAGAUCGAUGUUCUGCAAGAUAACGACGCAGAUGAUGAGGAUAUAGACGAUGAGGAUGACGACGAGGAUGCGCCAGAGGUUAAGAACUUCCUGCACGAGCAUAACAACAAACGCUCGAGUAAUCUCACCGCAUUGCUGGAGGCUGCCGCCAAUGAGAAAGCACCUGUACUGCGGCAUGCCACCCACGCAAUCGAUGAAACCAAGCAGGCGCUUACCAAAAUGCGUUGUGCCAACAGUCCGCGAGAUAAGAACAGCGGUUUCUCGCGUAGCCUUGCCAAUGCCUGUGCAGACAACGAUGUUAAUACGGUCAAACGGUUGCUGUGCAAGGGCAACUUGAACGAUGCCGCUGCCUCAACGGAUGAAGGCGAGUCGUUAUUAUCAAUGGCUUGUUCUGCAGGCUACUAUGAGCUGGCACAGUUUGAAUUAUCUCCUGAAAUCAAUUUGAAAAAAUAUUGUCAAGAAACUUUUAUCAAUGGCGAGGUUUUGUUGGCAAUGUCUGCAGCACAGGUUGAAGACAAGGGACAAAAAGAUUCGACGCCAUUAAUGGAAGCUGCUUCUGCGGGACAUUUGGACAUUGUGAAACUUCUGCUUAGCCACAAUGCCGAUGUUAAUGCACACUGUGCCACUGGCAACACACCCCUCAUGUUUGCAUGCGCGGGUGGGCAGGUGGAUGUGGUUAAGGUCCUGUUAAAGCAUGGCGCUAAUGUUGAGGAGCAAAAUGAGAACGGUCAUACACCGCUGAUGGAGGCCGCAUCCGCCGGUCAUGUGGAAGUGGCCAAGGUACUUCUUGAACAUGGAGCCGGAAUAAACACCCAUUCAAAUGAGUUUAAGGAGAGUGCUUUGACAUUGGCCUGCUACAAGGGCCACUUGGAUAUGGUCCGUUUCCUGCUCCAAGCCGGCGCUGAUCAGGAGCACAAAACCGACGAGAUGCACACGGCUCUCAUGGAGGCUUCAAUGGACGGCCAUGUCGAAGUGGCGCGAUUACUGCUGGACUCUGGAGCUCAAGUAAAUAUGCCGACUGAUUCAUUUGAAUCGCCGCUUACAUUGGCAGCCUGCGGUGGUCACGUUGAGUUGGCCACUUUGCUCAUCGAGCGCGGCGCGAAUAUUGAGGAGGUGAACGAUGAAGGCUACACGCCCCUCAUGGAGGCGGCUCGCGAGGGACAUGAGGAAAUGGUGGCACUGCUGCUUAGCAAGGGCGCUAACAUUAAUGCCACUACCGAAGAGACACAGGAAACUGCACUCACUCUGGCCUGCUGUGGUGGAUUCAGCGAGGUGGCUGCUUUUUUGAUAAAUGGCGGCGCCAAUUUGGAGCUGGGCGCGUCAACGCCGUUAAUGGAAGCGUCGCAAGAGGGCCACACCGAUCUGGUGCGCUUCCUGUUACAGAACAAAGCCAAUGUGCAUGCGGAGACACAAACCGGAGACACGGCGCUGACGCAUGCCUGUGAGAAUGGUCAUACCGAUGCGGCUGGUGUGCUGUUGUCGUAUUGCGCUGAGCUGGAGCACGAGUCAGAGGGUGGACGUACGCCUCUGAUGAAGGCUUGUCGUGCCGGCCACUUGUGCACCGUAAAGUUCCUCAUCCAGAAGGGCGCAAAUGUGAACAAGCAGACGACCAGCAAUGAUCACACUCCGCUCUCGUUGGCCUGCGCUGGUGGCCAUCAGUCGGUGGUGGAGUUGUUGCUUAAGAACAACGCGGAUCCAUUUCACAAGCUCAAGGAUAACAGCACGAUGCUCAUCGAGGCCUCUAAAGGCGGCCACACACGUGUUGUGGAACUGCUCUUUCGCUAUCCGCAUAUCUCACCCACAGAACUUGCUGCCGGAGCGAAUGCUCAGUCUGCCAAUGCACAGACGGCCAAUCAGAUGCGUCUGAUUACCACGCAGCAGCAAAAGAUACUGCAGCAACAGUUGCAGCAUCAACUACAGCAGCUGAAUGCACCGCCUGGCCUGCACGAGUUGUCGGAGGCGGCACGUGCCAACAAUCAGCAACUGUUCCAUCAGCAGCAAUUCAGUGGCAAUUCUCCCAACAAUAUUGUCGCUCUGGGCACAGGUGAUUUCCUGGAUGCUGGUGAGUUGCAGCUAACCGCAGCCUCUGCUGCGGCCAGCAGUGAUGCCGGUGUAACCGAUGAAUAUGUGUCGACGGUUGGUGGUGUUGGAGGUGGUGGAAUUGAUCUGACCACGCUGAGCGCACAACAACAGGAGGGCCUUAUUGCCAAAUCGCGUCUGUUUCAUCUGCAACCUGGUUUUGAGCAACAGCAGCAAGCAACACUGCCGCCAUCUGGGGCACAAUUGGUGCCUUGCAAGCAUUAUGACCUGGAUAUGGAGCACAUUAACUCGCUAACGCCACCGCAAAAGGCUCCACCAGCACCACCUGUUCUUUUCCACACUGUUUGCCAGCAACCCGUGCUUCAACAGCAACAACAGCAGCAGCAACAGAAGAUGCACCAACAGCAGGCAAAGCUCAAGGGCGUCGGUUCUCGUAAAAAUCGCCAGCUAAUCAACGAUCUGCAAGCCAUUGAUUUACCAUUGGAUGCGAUUGAUUUGCCGCUAGAGCAGCAUUCCGAGCAAAUCCGCUCACAGCCAUUAGGCGAGGAUGAUAAGCAACAACAGCAGCAACAGCAGUUUGCCUGUGCUGGUGAGGAAGGGCAUUCGCAGAGACGCCGUGGCUUCGAUGUAUCUAGCGAUGGCAGCGAGCUAACGCUGGAAGUCACUCCGAAAGGUGUCGUUGUCAGCGAUAUCAAUCCGAGUACAUCUAAUGCUACAGAGAACGGCUCUCAAGUUCCAACGCGCAAUACGAGCGGCUCUAGCACCAUCACCCACUCCUCGGAAGUGCUGCAGAGUACUGCCAUUAGCGAUCGACCCAAGGUGAAGGCCAGCAACAAGAACAAUCGCAAGCAGGCAGCCGCUGCACAAGCAGCAGCUGCCCAAGCAGCAGCUGCGGCAGCAACAGCAGCAGCGGCAGCCGCCUCAACAGCGGUAGCACAGCAGGCUCAAUUGUUACCCAUGCAGCAGAAUCCCAUGGUCUCCAUCUACAACAACUUGCAACUGCAGCAGCAACAGGAGUUACAGUUACAGCAGCAAAUGCAGCAGACCCAGCUACAGCUCCAACAACAUCUGCAAUUGCAUCAUCAUCAGCACGCCGCCUCUGUUGUGGAUUACUCCAAUUCGCCAGCCUCGCCAAUGGCAUCACCCACUGGCGGCAGCAGCAGUAGCUUUACGGAGCAACAGCAACCGUCUCUGGAUGGCGCUGGCAAUGAAUUGCUUCAGCAUAAGAAUGUCAUGGAUGACUUUCGCGGGCUACUUGAGACAGCUGUUAAUGACUCGAGAGGCGGUCAUUCCACGCUGGCUUGCUUCAGUGACCAAAUGGCCAAGGCACCGAGGCUAAAGUUCUUGCAGGAUGGUUGGCAAAUGCACAAUUUAUUCGGCGGCGAGCAACCCAAAUCGCCCACUGAGACACCGCCCGAAAUGGAGGAGACCAUCAUGUCACCAACCAUGGAACGCGUCGACACUCGGGCUGAAAUGAAGAAUCUUGCCACACUUUGCUCUGCUGCUGCUAUGGCGGCGGCCGUGACAUCGGGCACAGCUGAGAUCGAGAGCGACGAAGGCGAGGAAGAAGGUGAUGAGGGCGAAGAGAACACGCUGCCACCAGAACCCAUUGACUUGACAGACACCAUCAUCGAGGAGGAGGAAGUAGAGGACGAUGAGGAUGAUGAUGAGGAGCAGGACACUCAGAGUGGCGAGAUCGGGAAAAUUACAUACGAGGACGAUGAUGCCGAUGCUGAUGUUGAUUACAUCGACGAAGACGAAGGCGGCGACGAUGAUGAUGAAGUCGAUGAAGACUUUUUCUUGGACGUCAAUGUCGCCGUUGGUGAUCAGAGUGACAACAACUCGAAAACUGGAGCUGCUCUACCACCGAAACAGCGUAAAAUAUCAACUCGACUGGAGAAUCUAAUACUAACAAAGCCAGAUGUGUUGACCCAGUCACUGUGUGAUUAUCGUCAAGAUUUACCCAACUCGGAGCUGAUGCACAUGCUGCCAAUAAAGGCUGCGGCCGCCAACAAUAAGACAUUAAACGAUCUGUUGCAACAGCAAUUAGCUGCAGCUGUACACGCCAAGGCUCACAGCCAGCAACAACAACAGGAGUCGGAGCAAUGUGAUGAUGCGGCGACAGUGCCUGCAGCUGGAGAGCUGUAUGGCUUGGAGCACUUCCCCAAUGAUGGCACUCAUUAUGAUAUAACAGGCAUCGAUGACAUUUUCCAGGAACUGGCCAGCAAUCUACAUUACCCCGAACUGGCAGAGUUUAGCCUCAAUCAAAUGUGCAAGGGUAGAUUCACCGGUCAUUGGGCGCAGUCAUCUGGCAAAUGGGCCGGCCAAGAACAGUUGUUGGCAGUGGCAGCGGCGCAGCAUUCGCAGGCAAUACUAAAUGUCGGCGAUGCAUCAGCAGACGCACAACAGCGUCAGCCGAAUCUCGUGCUCCUGGAUUAUCCUAUGCAAUCACAACAGCGUUUACUCGAUCCUGAGGAGCUUCAGCACAUGCAGCACCAGCAAACCCCGGUUGCAUUACUGCCGUUCUCUGCCGACAAUGGCGCCGCUGUUGUCACCGCACAGCAGCAGCAAUCACAACUUCAUCCAGCACUGCCCAACAGCGCCGAGUUUCAGUUACAGCAUCAGCAACAGCAAAUGUCGUUGGAGAGUGAUCCAGAGUUGAAACAGCAAUUGCAACAACUGCAGCAGUUGCAGCAACAGCAGCAGCAUUCGAAUGCGCGCAUUAUCAAAACUGUUGCUGCAGCAGCGGGUCAACAGCAACCACAACAGCCAACCACCAACUUUGUGUACAACGUGGAGAGCGGCGACAAGAAUACGCCCCCAGUGCAGUUGCUCUUUCAACUGCCACCUGCCAUGUCGCAACAGCAGCAACAACAACAACAGCAGCAGUUGGGCGAUAAUGCAGCCGAUCAGCAACAUCAACAACUGCCACAAACUGACUCGCAGCAACCACCAAUGUUUCAGCACCGCGCAGAGCGACUACUUCAGCAGCAACAGCAGCAGCGACCACCCACUCAAAGCGAAUUGGAGCAGGUGGCGCAAGAGUUGCUGCUGCAGCAGCGGCAGUCACCUGCCGUUGGUCCCGUUGCCGGUGUCCAGGCAUUGCCAAUGCCUCAGGGCAUGAAGCAGAAGCACUUUAACUUGCAAGAACAACUCCUGCUGCAUCCGCCACCGCAUAUGCAGUCAUCCACAUGCGUACAGCAUCAGGUGGCUACGCAGACAAUUACUGGCUCCGUAUACAUACCCCAGCAAUACACACAGUUUGCUCCGCAGCAACAGCAGCAACAACAACAACAGCAACAGCAGAAUGAACUCUCCAAUUGGCCAUUGGCCACACCCAAUUCAUCAGCAGUAACAACUGCAGGCAGCGCAGCGAAAUCAAUGCCUGGAGGCAUUGCUAAGAAGGCAAUUGAUAAGCAAUCUCGAAAGGAUAGGCGUUGUUCCGGUUUCCGGCAAACGCCAGCAGGCAGUCAAGUUAAUACCAACCAACAUCAGCAGCCUGUGGCGGCGGCAACUGCAGCAGCAGCGGCAGCUGCCCAGCAACAACAAUUGCAAAAUCAACUAGCAGUAGCAGCAGCUGCAGCUGUGGACAAGACAAUUGAAAUUGAUUCGGAAACCGAAUCAAAUCAUGAUACAGCCUUGACGUUGGCCUGCGCUGGCGGCCACGAAGAGCUUGUCGAGCUGCUCAUUAGUCGAAGUGCUAAUAUUGAGCAUCGCGACAAAAAGGGAUUUACGCCUUUGAUACUGGCCGCAACAGCUGGUCACGAAAAGGUUGUGGACAUUCUGCUCAAGCAUCACGCCGAACUGGAGGCGCAAUCGGAACGCACCAAGGAUACUCCACUAUCGUUGGCCUGUUCCGGCGGUCGUUACGAAGUAGUUGAGCUGCUGCUCAGCGUCGGCGCCAACAAGGAACAUCGCAAUGUCUCCGACUAUACACCGCUUAGCCUGGCCGCCAGUGGUGGCUAUGUGAACAUCAUAAAACUGCUGCUUAACCAUGGUGCCGAGAUCAAUUCACGCACUGGCAGCAAAUUGGGUAUAUCACCCUUGAUGCUGGCUGCGAUGAAUGGGCAUACGGCUGCGGUGAAACUGCUGCUGGAUCAGGGAUCCGAUAUUAAUGCACAGAUUGAGACGAAUCGCAAUACUGCAUUGACACUCGCUUGUUUCCAGGGACGCCAUGAGGUGGUUAGUCUCCUGCUCGAUCGUCGUGCCAAUGUUGAGCAUCGUGCCAAGACCGGUCUGACGCCGUUAAUGGAAGCUGCAUCUGGCGGUUACAUCGAAGUUGGCCGAGUGCUGCUCGACAAAGGUGCAGACGUGAAUGCAGCUCCUGUGCCGACGUCCAGGGAUACGGCUUUGACCAUUGCUGCCGACAAGGGCCAUCAAAAGUUUGUGGAAUUGCUCUUGUCACGCGGGGCAAGUGUUGAGGUGAAAAACAAGAAGGGCAACUCACCGCUCUGGCUGGCCGCACAUGGUGGUCAUUUGAGUGUCGUGGAAUUGUUGUACAAUCACAAUGCCGACAUCGAUUCACAGGACAAUCGUCGUGUCUCCUGCCUUAUGGCCGCCUAUCGCAAAGGUCACACCAAAAUUGUCAAAUGGAUGGUGCAGUAUGUGUCACAAUUUCCCUCGGAUCAGGAGAUGAUCCGUUUCAUUGGCACCAUCAGCGAUAAGGAGUUGAUUGAAAAAUGCUACGAUUGUAUGAAAAUUCUGCGCUCCGCCAAAGAAGCACAGGCAGUCAAGGCCAAUAAGAAUGCGUCCAUAUUGUUGGAGGAGCUCGAUUUGGAGCGCACACGCGAGGAAAGCCGCAAAGCAGCCGCUGCACGUCGUCGAGAGCGCAAGAAAAAAAAGAAAAUGGAAAAGAAGGAGGAGAAACGGCGACAGCAGCAGGUCAGUAACGGACCCGACGAUGAUCAGCAGGGCGAUGAUGAUGAUGGCAGCGACAACGACAAGGAUGAUGACAGCGACAAGGAUGACGAUGAUGAGGAAGCGCCACCUGCACGUGAAGAGGGCGACUCUGGCAUCGAUCAGGGUUCUUGCUCUAGCGGUGAUACCAAAGCCGCGCGUGCCUCAUCAAAUCAGCAAGAUAAUGUGAAUGCUGGAGGUCCUGCAUCCGCCAAGAAAACCAAAAAGCAACAACAGCAGCAGAAAAACAAAGCGCAGCAGCAGCAACAAAACUCUUCCUCAGCCAGCGAAGCAGUGGCCGCAUCAGCAGUCACACAACAGCCCACGGCAGCCAAGCCACUAACUCAGUCUGGCGCCAUGGUGAAGAAGAGUGCUGCCACUGAAAGCGCUAAACUGCCGUCCAGCGCUACGCAGCAAUCGGUUGGUCAACAGCUGAAGCGUCAGACGGAAGGCAAGCGGGAUGAGGCACUGCCAGCAACAGCUGCAGCCGUUCCAUCAACUGCCAUCAGCAAUAACAAGAAAUCAAGCAAGGAAACAGCCAACAAGCGAGAGAAGGAGAAUCUGGCACCCAAGGAAUCAAUGCCAGCGCCCAAGCCGCAGACACCAGCAUCAGCUACUAAACUACAGCCGGUCAGCAAUGAAUCUGUCAGCAACAUUGCCACACGCAAGGAGACCAGCAAGACUGGCAGCUCCACGGCAUCCGCGCAAGCCAAACGCAGCGAAGUUGAUGGCUGGAAGGAGGUUGUGCGUAAGAGCAGCACUCAGCAGACGACCGUUGUUAAUACAUCAACCGGUGUGCCAACGUUGGGCGCAGGUGCAAGCAGCACAAAUGUGACACCUAACAACUCGACAACAAGUGUGAGCAGCAGCAGCGGUGGCCAUCAACAUCCACAGUCGGUCAGCAGCUCCAGUUCAAGCUCGUUAGUAACAUCCGCCCCAGAGAUGACAUGCAAGAAGGUGCAGGUGCCGGUGAAUGCCAUUUCUCGUGUUAUUGGACGCGCUGGCAGCAACAUCAAUGCGAUACGCGCCACAACUGGCGCCCACAUUGAGGUGGAGAAACAGGGCAAGAAUCAGUCGGAGCGCAGCAUUACCAUCAAGGGCCUAACCGAUGCCACCAAGCAGGCACACAUGCUCAUUUUGUCGCUGAUCAAGGAUCCCGAUGUGGACAUAUUGCAGAUGCUGCCUCGCAUCAACAGCAGCAUCAAAGCUGGCGCAACGGGUGCUGUAACUACAGCAGGCGCAGUCACUGGUGCUGCGGCGCCUAUGACAGUCGGUACGUGGGAUAAUCGUACAGCUGCCGUAAAUGCCUCAGUCUCAUCGACAGUGGGCAAUUAUUCAUCGGCAGCCUCGACAACUUCCACGUCGUCGAGUUCAUCGGCCAGCUCAACGCCUGCCGUGGCAUACAGCAAUGCGACAGCGCACAAUGCAAAGCAGCAACAACAGCAGCAGCAACAGCAGGUGGCGACCUCCAGCAGCAGCAAGACAUCCAGUGGACGUGGUGGUGGUGGAAGUGGUGCCUCGAAAUCAAAUGCCGCCGGCGGCAAAGCAUCCAGCUCAACGCGUGGCCAGAGCAGCCGGGCGUACACUGGACAGCAACAGCAGUCGACACGCACAGUAGCCCCCACAUCGAAUGGUCCUGCAACGACUCAAGUGGCCAAAUCAAAGCCGGACAGUGCCACUUUGCUCAAAUCCUCUGCUACGUUUGCCAGUCAAAAGACCUCUGCAACCGCAGCAGCCACAGCACAGAGCAAGGCGCCGCAGAGCUUUGGCAUGAAGGCGUCGCCAGCUGUUACCCAAUCUCCCAAGAAACUGGAGACUCCUGUUGGCAUUGGAGCGACAGGUGGACGCAGCAGUGGUGGCGUUGUGGUGGCACCAUUUGGACGUGGUAAACCCGUUGGCGGUGCAGCUGUCAACGUUUCUCAGCUGGGCAGCUCUAGCAACAACAGCAGCGGUAGCAGUAACAUCAACAACAAUAUAAACAGUAACAAUACAUUGGCUGGACCAAUUGGCACAUUCAACGUGGCCGAUGUGGCCGCCGUGAAUGCAGCUGCCGCGGCUGCUGCGGUCAACAGCAACAUCGUCAACAACAACAACAAUAGUAACAGCAACAGCAUUGGAAAGCCACGUGCAGUGACGCCCAUCGCUCCGCCCAGUAAGCGCGCCAGUUCGCCAAUACAACAGAAUCAACAACAGCAGCAGCAGCAACAACAGCAGCAACAACAACAGCAGCAACAGCAACAUUUGCAGCAGCAGCAACACCAAUUACAACAGCAGCAGCAACCGCAGCAACAGCAACAGCCAUCGUUGCAACCGAAUAGCAUUGCAUUGAAUGCCUUGAGCGAUCUGAUGGCUGCCGAUUGCUUCAGUACCCAACUGGCCGCCAAACUCUCCUACUGUCUCUUUAGCGACUAUCAGCAAUCACAGUGGGGCAAACCUGUUAUCGAUGGUAACGCCGCUGCGGGCGGUGCUGGCUCUGGUUUGAGUGCCGGUGGUGGAGUUAAUGCAAUGGUUGGUGAUGUAUUGCCACAGGCUGAUGCCUCGAAAGCGCCAGGCUACAAUCGCAAUAUACUCAGCUCACCCGUUGGCAGCUCAAAGGCCUCAUCGAAUCACUCAACAUCGCCGCCCGUUGGCAAUGCUGCCGUUGCCAUGCAACAACAGCAGCAGCAAAAUCAGGGCAACAGCCAACAGGCGCUUAACAUUAUCACCAGUGGAGCGGGAGGAGUCAACACUACGGCGGCCAGGUCACCGCUGGUAACAGAAGCAGCUGGUGGCAAUGGCAUUGGUAAUGCUGCAGCCGGCGUAGUGUCUGUAAAUGGAACACAGGGUCAUGUUGUCGAUGGCAAUAAUGUGGCGUCGGCGCACUCGCCGGGCGUCAUCAAGCCACCAACGGCUCCCAUACAACGACCUCCGCAUGCAAUGCACUUGGGCGCACCAGAGCCAGCGGCCAACAACAACUUUGAGUCGGCGGCCGCAGCAAUGAAUCUGCAGCGUUUGCUCUAUGAUAAGGGCGGACCACAGCAACAACAACAGCAGCAACAGCCGCCGCUCAAUUAUCCAUUGCCAGCAACAAUGCCUUACAUGGUGGAUGGUAUGAUGCGCAUGAAUUCGCGACCUUCGGUAUUCCCUCAGGUCAAUAACAAGUCGCAGCAGCAACAGCAGCCACCAAGUGGAAAUCCAGCGCAAUCUGCUCAGCAGCAGUCCAAUAUGUUUGCGAAUCAAGCAAGGCCGCGACAACAACCCAUCGGCGGAGCCGCAGCUGUUGCCCAACAGCGCUGGUAUGGUGGCGCACUGGAGUAUCCGACAUAUAGUGGGCGAGAUACACUACAUCUCGAAAAUGGCGGAGGCUUGGCGGGCCUGAGCUCACCAUCUGCCAUGUCACCGAACCAUGAUGACAUUCGCAAGAUGCCGCGACCCAUUGGUACCGAGCGUGCCGCCUCUUGGAAGUACAACUUUAAUGUAGGCGCCUCGGCGCUCAACUUGGAUGAUACACUGGGCAGCGGUAUGCCACCAUGGGCCCAUGAGCCAAAGGCGCAGCCGCCAGGCCUGCAGCAGCAACCACAACAACCGCCAAACUGGCUGAAGCAACAGCACUUCAGGCCCUACAACAAUGGCCCCUAUCCGCAACAGCACGAACCAAUGAAUAUGCCAAUGGAUUACCAUAAUAUGCAGCAGCAGGCACCACCACCGCCACCGCAGCAGCAACAACAGCAGCAUAUUAAUCCGAUGCCACCAUCAUAUAACUUUCAGCACUUUGUUGGCGCGCAUGGCGUCUCCGAUGUGACAGCGCAUUUGCCCGACAAAGUGGAGAUGUGGGAACACCACGACAAACACCAGCCAUGGGCAAAUUACACUACAAAUUGGUCGAAUUGAUGCUCUUAUGAGCAACAAGCAACAGCAGCGGCUACAACAACAGCAGCAGCUGCAGCGACGGUGGCGGCGGCAACAGUUGCCGGUGAAUGGCAGGCAGCUUGGUAUACAGGAGAAGAUUAGAUUACAGACAGAACAGCAAGGACAAGACGUAGCCAAUUCAGAAAUGGAGUACAUAGCGAACAUAGUAAUCGGGCAAAGACGCUGGAAAACUGAAAAUGCCAAUUCAUUAACUUGAUUGUUUUCAACGGCUGCUCACAGAAACAGAUAUACAGACACAGGCUCACAAACACCACCACAUUCGCCUCUUACACACCCACACCAUACAGGCGUAUCUAAUUCAACAAAAAACAAUGCAAACGGCAACAUAAAUCUUCAUCAACCAACUCUCAAAUGCAGCGAAAUAACUAAAAGAAACCUUGGUCUUGUUCAUAAUUAGUUCAACAUUCUAAGUUUUUUCUUUCGUUGGGCAACUAUUUAAAUUUACAGGUAACUUGAAAUUUGGUCAAGAAUAUAGUUGAGAAAAUGAACAAGCCCAAACACACACACAUACAAACACACACGCAUACAUACGCCCACACACUUGCAUAAACAGUUACACUAAACCGAAGACAGAAAUCAUGGAAAAAAUAUAUAUUAUUUAUUUUAAUUGUAAUUUAAAUAAUUUGAUAUUCCUUGAAGUAAAGAAAACAUGUAUAAAUUAUUAUUUUGUGUGAAGUCAUCAAACGAAGCUGUAAUCGAUCGAAAAAACUAAGUUAAAAGAAAUUGCAAAACGAAAUCGAAAUCUGAAGGAAGCUAAAGAGGAAACACACGUAUAAUUUUAAGCUAGAACUCAGUCUUAUGAAUGGAAAGAUUAAAGUGAAAUUAGCGAAAGCUAAAAACAUUAAAACAAAAAGAAAACACUAAACAGAUUAUAUAUAUAUAUAUACACACACAUAUAUUCAUAUUUAAUAUUAAUAAAAAUGCAACAACAUGAAUGUCGAAACAACAACUGUAUACACAAUAUGUAUGUAGGCGCGCACUUUCUCCCCCGGAGCUCUCUCACUCUCUUUGACUUUCUCUUCUUGGGAGAAGGCGAUAGGUGACUGGCGACGAACAUGCAAUACUAUUAAAUCUAGCUAGAACGACAAGCUAAUACAGCUGCCUCUACAAAUGCAAACGCAAACGACAAAUGCUUGCUAUGACAACGUGAACAAGAACAGCAACCGCGACAACAGCCACAACCACAAUACAAUUACAAACAACAACAGCAAUGAAAACCCUAACAAGAAAUUACUUAAAUACUACUACUUAUAUAGUACAUACACACACAAGCUUAACAUUAAAAAUACACUAAUACUGUUAAACGUUUGAGCAAAAUCUACCCAAAACAAAAGCGAAGCGAAAAAGCAUUGAACUUUACUUACGUAUUUAGCUAAGAACAAAUUAAACACACACACACAAAACUAACACAAAAAAAAAAAAAGAAAACAUAAUUAGAAACUUUUUUACGUUUGUCAUGAUUUUGUAAUUUGUCUGAUCUUUAGUUCUUCUCCACUUACAUAGGGAACGGAUACUAAAAAUGUAGCUAGUAGAAAUUUAAAUUGCUUAAUUAACUUAAAAUGUAAAACAAGCAUACAACAUUAAAUUGUCGACUAACGUUUUAAUAUUCCAUUUAAUAACAAAAAAAAAAAAAAAACAAAAGUACACUUGAAAUGCAUAGACGAUGAAAACAAAAAACAAAACGAAAAGUAAAUGAUUAAACGGCUUGCCAACUUUUACUGCUUAUCCGACACUACGCGUAGGACGUCUUAGAGAUAGAGCACAACAAUACAUAGCAUAGAACGUGUUUCCAAAUACAUAAAUAUACAAAAUACAACAACAACAACAAAUGAAAAAUGAAACAAAUAUGUAAAAACACUUGAUAAAUCAGAUGAGCGCUGCGCCGCAAACUGGCCAAGCGGCGCCGACCUCCAAUUGAAGAACUAGAGGCAUAGAUGGAUUGCUUUGUAAAAUGAAUGAAAGAAAACAAACGAAUAUAAACAAAUGAAUAUUUACAUAAAAUAUUUGCGCUACAUGGCCUACACUUGCAUAAAACAAAAGCAAAAAGUAAAAUGAUAUGAACUUUAACAGCGUUAAAGCAUAACUAAUGUUUAAGAGUAUGAAAAAGAAAAACAAAACGAUUAUACUUUUUUUUUUGCCUGUUUGGUUUGUUUGUUUCAAACAUUGUUUUAGCUGCAAGCAAAUUAUGUAAUGAAAGCAAAAUGAGAGCGAAGGAUUCGUUAAAAUUAUUUAAAAAAAAAAAAUGUCACACAAUUUACAAACACACAACACCCACACUUACACGUACCCCAACAUACAACAUGCCAGAC